UCAGGAAACUCAGCACCGACGGCGAAGGGGCUGCGAUCUUACGAAGCGGCAUCAGCUUCAUAACUCUCCAUUCGCAGAAUCGAAUAUUCGGCGGCGAUCCAUACGGUUGGUUUGAACCUCUGCCCAGAGCCGUGACGUCUGACGUGCUUGGAAAAUCAAAAAAUGCGCUAGUGCGUCAGCGUCACGUGGGAGGGCGUUUCAAUGUGCAUCAUUGUCGCCAUGCCAUCAAGAUUGAUGUCGACGAUAUCUUCACAGGGGCAAAAGGAGUGUCUAUACAGGAAGAAGUAGGCUACUAUUCGAUGGCAUGCCUCCCACAUUCAACGCCCUCAUUCGAACCCACCACAUAACCUCCCGCAAGAAGGUCGCAAAACUCCGUGCCGCGGCAUCGAAUCACAAUGUCUACGCUCUUCUCUGCUACGGCGGCUGUCCCGGCAUCAUGUACUGUCAAGGCACAGAAUCUGGCGUAAGAGACUGGGUAUCGACCGUGCAAAGGCUUCGCUACAAGGACUUCCAACUCGUCAAGAAGCCGAGUGAGAAAUUACAAGAAGGCCCAGAGGGACCCGUGACCUAUGGGAAAGCAGAGGAAGUGGAAAGUGUCAAGGACUUCGGAGCGAAGAUACAAGAGCUGGGCAUCUGGACCUGGUGGAGGAAGGGAAUGGGGUACGUUAGUGAGGAUUGAACCUCUUCCGCCGUGAGAUGCAAUGAGGCAGCAAGGCGACCGACAUUGCGCAUCUUCACCGAAUGUCGACUUGCUGUGUACAAUUCCGAGAAGUCAUUCUUCGUGUUCGACUCGGUUGGCUCCAGAGAUGCAGAGAAGUUCGGAGUUUCGACUGUACGGCCUCCAGCCCGU